CAAAAUCCUAGUGACCUGGGCUUAGCGGGAAAGGUCUGUAACCCGGCUUAGCUUCAAGUUUUAUUUCUGCUCUUGGUCUGGGUGACCAGAGGAGGAUAAACCUCCCUCUUUCGGGCACCUAGUCAUGACAGCUUGUCCCGCGAGAGUGAGGCGGCUGGGCCUGAGAGCGCCCGAGGAAGUCCGGUUGGCGCAGGGAUCUCGCUCCUCCUCUAGGAAGGAGCCAGUGAGGGUGAAGACCCAGCUCGGUAAAGUUCACCUGGCAACCGGCUUAUUCUCAGGUCUACGUUGGCUGGGGUUAGAGACAAGGCCCCGCGAACUUCCGCAGAUCCCCAGACGCAGGUCCUGGCGCCCUCGCCAUGAGCGGUUCGCUGCGGCCCGGCCCGAGCCGCUGGCGGCGGGCGGCCACCGUGGUGCUGGCGGCCGCCUGGCCGCAUGCGAGUCUCGUCGCCCCGCCGCCGGCCGAGGGCUUCCGGCUGCUGCUUCUGGAGCGCGGCCGGAAGCAGGGCUUCUUGCCCGGCGCGCACGUCUUCCCCGGCGGCGUGCUAGACGCGGCCGACUGCUCGGCGGACUGGCUGCGUCUGUUCGCGCCGCACCACGGGCCGCCUCGUUUCGGCCUCGGCCCCGCGCCCCCUUCGCGAACCCUGUUCCCGGGGCUGCCAGACACCCGGCCCGACGGAGACCCCGCGGCGCUGCCUGAUGACGUAGCGCUGCGCAUCUGCGCCAUCCGUGAGACCUUUGAGGAGGCGGGUGUGCUGCUGCUGCGGCCUCGGGACUCAGUGCCCGGUCCUCCUGAGCCCUGCUGCGCCCUCCAGCCGCCGCUGGGUCUGGCCAGCUGGCGGUCGCGCGUGCGCAGUGACCCGCACUACUUCCUGCAGCUGUGCGCGCACCUGGACUGCACGCCGGACAUCUGGGCGCUGCACGACUGGGGCGGCUGGCUUACACCGUUUUGGCGCUCCAGCCGCCGCUUCGACACCACCUUCCUCCUGUGCUGCCUGCGCGAGCCGCCGCCCGUCGACCCCGACCUGUCGGAGGUGGUGAACUACAAGUGGUCAUCUCCAUCAGAGGCAACUCAAAGUUUCAUGUCAAAAGAAAUUUGGUUGGCACCACCACAGUUCUAUGAAGUCAGGAGGCUUGGAAACUUUGCCUCUCUCUCUGCCCUGCACAGAUUUUGUUUGGAUCGUGGAUUAGAAGGGGCUGAGAGAUGGCUGCCCAUCAUGUAUUUAACUGCUGAUAGUUCGGUUCAACUUCUACCUGGAGAUGAGCUAUACUUAAAAGAUUCAGAUUUUUUAGAAAAGUAUUUGUCUACUGAAAAAAAGACUGAAGAAAUCAUGAAGGAAGGCAAGACGUUCCACCGAAUAGUGAUGCACAACUCUUAUGUGUACGAUAUCCACGUGACUAUCGAGUCAAAGAAUAAGCAGGUUUAUCCUAAGAGCUAUGUAAUAAGCCUGAGUCCUGCUGCCCACUUGUGAGUUGGUCUACAUUGGACUGAUACUAAUGAAUAAAGCUUGAAUUAAUGAAUUCAGUUAAUGAAUUAAACUUCUUUGAAACCUAAGGAACUUUGUUCCUAGAAAAGUUAGCAUGCAGCAUUUUCUGUCAAGUGCAUUGUGGAGUUGUCUGUCAUAUUUAAACUACACAGUAUACCACAAGUAUGAAAUUUAUAGUUUUGAUUUUGUUUAAAAUAAAAAUAUUCACAAUA